GAGGGGCGGAGUUAACCAACUUUUCACAGUAGCUGAAGUGAACGACGGACAGAUAUGUCUUUAGCCGGUCUAUUUGACCCUUUGUGAGGGUUAAAGGGCCUUUUUUAUUCGUUUAAUGUGUGUAUAGCCCUGGCGCAGCUUCAAAAUGAUGCGCUUCCUGCUGCUUUUCAGUCGCCAAGGGAAGCUGCGUCUGCAGAAGUGGUUCACGCCCAUGGCAGAACGUGAAAAGAAGAAGAUCAUCAGGGACAUGACCUCCAUGGUGUUGUCACGGCAACCACGCUCCUGCAACUUCCUGCACUGGAAAGACCUGAAGAUUAUUUACAAGAGGUAUGCCAGCUUGUAUUUCUGCUUGGCCAUAGAGAACCAGGAGAAUGAACUGUUGGCACUCGAGGUUAUUCAUCGCUAUGUGGAGCUACUGGACAAAUACUUUGGCAAUGUGUGUGAGCUGGACAUAAUCUUUAACUUUGAGAAGGCCUAUUUUAUCCUGGAUGAGUUUCUAAUGGGAGGAGAGAUACAAGAAACCUCCAAACAGACGGUGAACCGCUCCAUCGAAGCUUCAGACAUGUUACAGGAGGAUGACAGCAGUGAGUGGUAUGAGGUGGAGCUGUUUGGAUGACCUUGAAUAUGGACAGAAAGACCAUGGAGGAAUAUAUGAGCAAACCAGCAUUUUAGCGCACGCCUGGAUUAAAUAAAAAAGACUUAAAGUAACAGCGGAGGAAUACAGGAGCCAAAUGUACUGUUUAUGAGUCAAAGUUUCUGAAAACAAAACAGGGAUUAAUUUGAUACCCCUGAACUUUUUCUAAAGAUGAUGAGCACACUGAAUGUCUUCUUGCCUUUACUGCAAAGUAACUUCUUUUUCAAGUAAGCCUAAUGUUUUAUUGUUGUGUGCUAAAAUGAAGGGUAGGAAGGGAUGAUUUUUUAAUUAGCUGUUUGAAUUAAGUGAAGUAGAAAUAGAUGAAUAUGAUGUGAUAAUGAAGUCAUUUUAGAUUUGUAAGAGUGUUUCAUCAUUUUUAAAAACCAUGUUAAUAUAUUGAUGAUUAAUUCUCGGGACACUACAAAUUGUUGGUCAGGAAAAGAAAGUAAUGUGUAAAAAAAAAAAAAAAAACUAAAUGUAUUUAUAAAUAAUGUUCUUGAUGUGUUUUUGAUUCCAGCUUCUUCCCACACUCAUUUUGAGGGACACUUUCUUACCGUUUUGCAUCUUUAUAACCGUUAACUCAUAUGUUUGUCUUGAAGACAGAGCAGUUUCUGAUGUGGGUGUGAAUGUCUUUUUAUAAUGUGCAAUUUAUCAUGUUGAAUCUUUUAAUUAAAGUAUGUUUUGAUACACA